AUGGCGGACAGGGAAAUCUACUCAGCGACGUACAGCAAUGUUCCCGUCUAUGAACUCAAGGUCGGCGGCGACCAUGUUAUGCGCCGCAGGUCCGACAACUGGGUCAACGCUACACAUAUUCUGAAGAUUGCUGGGUUUGACAAACCAGCGCGGACCAGGAUCCUCGAACGUGAGGUGCAGAAGGGUGUCCACGAGAAAAUUCAAGGCGGUUAUGGAAAAUAUCAAGGCACAUGGGUCCCUCUGACCGAAGGUCGGUCGCUAGCUGAGAAGCAUGGUGUGCUUGACCGCACUGCCCAAAUUUUCGACUUCGUCCCGGGUGAUCGAAGCCCGCCUCCUGCUCCCAAGCAUACCACCGCUGUCUCAAACCGUCCCAAGCAACCGAAACAGCCUGCCGUUCCACGCAAAGUUCCGUCGCAGCCAACCCAACAUUACCCACCUGUGGACGGCUACGAAAGCGCCAGUGUACAUUACAAUGGGACGGAAAGUCGAGACCACUCUCCAGAGACUGCUUCAUUCAUGGCAGAAGACGACUUCCUUCCACUUUCACAAAAUUCUACUGCUUCGAGAAAGCGAAAACGAGAUUUUGAAGAAAUCGCUCCUACUGCAUCAGACCUCGAACAUACCAUGUAUGGCGAUGAACUAUUGGAUUACUUUGUUACGGCUGGUGAUGACCCGGCUGCCUCCAAUAUCCUACCACCAGAACCCCCAACAAACUUCGAUGUUGACAGGCCGAUUGAUAAUCUGGGUAACAACGCUCUGCACUGGGCUUGCGCCAUGGGUGAUGUUGCGGUUGCACGAGACCUCCUCGCACGCGGUGCAAAUCCUGCUGCCCAAAACAAGAGCUCACUUGAAACCCCUCUGAUUAGAGCUGUCUUGUUCACCAACAAUUACGACAAGAAGACUUUCCCGAAGAUCGUGCAGGCUUUGGCCGGAACGAUUGUGGAGCGGGACGCUUAUGGGGCGACCGUUUUCCACCACAUCGCCGAGUCAGCGCGCUCCAGGGGAAAAUGGAGUUGUGCUCGGUACUAUUGCGAAGUCCUGAUAAACAAAAUGCACGAAAUGGGCUCAAACUACGUUCAAGCACUCCUUACCUCCAUUGACCACAAUCACGACACUGCAGCACUCUGCGCUAUCCGCAACGGAUGUGUCAAAGUCGCAACAUUCCUCCUCAACCAUUGCCCUGAAGCCGGAGACAUACCAAAUUUGAAGGGAGAGACUGCCAACGAGUAUCUCAGAGCUCUUCGAGAGAAGAAGGAAAGCCUUCAGCAGCCGGGCUCAUCGCCCCCACGUGCUGGAGAGUCUUUCGCGGCCAAACAAUCGCGCCGUAAGCGACAAAAAGAAGCUCUGUCACGCGCUGCCUCUUUGGUGCUCGAUAAGAUCGUCCCUCUGAUGGACGCGGGCAGCUACAAAAUAGCCGACAUGUACGAUUUGCAGAUCUCGGAGCGGGACACGGAAAUUGCAGAAGCCAAACACGCACUGACCGAGCUCGAGAAUCAGCGACAUAAGAUUCGACAAGAGACCUUUUCACUGAUGGCCAAGGUUGAGGAUGUAUCCAAGAUUCCCUCAUUGAGACAGGAAUAUGACGAAUGUUUACGCGAGGUGGAGUCUCUCCUUGAACAAAAAGAGCAUGCGGCCCUGCAGAAUGAAGUGUUUCAGCAAGACCAGCAGACGAGUCCCGAGGCGUUCCGUUUCCCCAAUACAUCAGCACUGUCCCCUGAUGAAAUACGUGCGGUGGUGCCAUGGGCAGUUGAGCUCAACAAUCAACAAAAUCUUCGCCGACAGUGGGUCAAAGAUAUUGCCAAACUGAUGAGUGAGGCGGGUGCAGGCGAGAAGGUUGGCAAACACAGAAAACUCGUAGCGAUUGCUACUGGGCUUAAGGAGGAUGAGCUGGACGACAUGUCGGUCGAGCUGUUGGAAAGUUUGCAGGGAAACCAGGCUGGCAAUCCCCCGCAAACACCCCCUCAUGCUCCGGCUGAGGUUCAAGCUUGA